AUGCAGAUCGGAUUGCACAGAGAGCCGAGACAUCUGAAGCUUCAAGCAAUGUCUGUCUUCCAGGCGGAACUUCGUCGCAGGCUGUGGGCUACCAUCCUCGACAUGGUCGUGCAGGCUUCUCUGGAUGCGCGGAUGCCACCAAGAAUCUCCCUAGAUGAGUUUGAUGUCGAGCCACCGUCCAACAUCGACGACGACGAUAUAGACGAGUCAAGCACCAGAAUCGACCCUCGCCCCAGGACCACAUUCACCGCGACAUCCGUCCAGCUCGAACUGCUCGACUCGCUCCCAGUCCGCCUGCGUAUCGUCCAGUACCUAAACGAUCUGCACUCAGAGUCAUCCUACUCACGCGUCCUCUCCCUGAGCGCCGAGCUGACCAACGCCCUGCGCUCAUCAUCCAGCAGCCUAGGCGCUGCGAGGACGACAAGGCCCUCGGAAGCAAGCCCCAGCAGCCACCAGACAGGCCAAGGUCCUGCAGGGGCGGCGGGGCCGGACUCCUCCCCACCACCCAUGGGCCCAUUUCAGCGCAGCCUCCUCGACUUCCUCAUCCGCCGCUUCAUGAUCCCUCUGCACUAUGCCUUCUCCAACCAGGCCCGCUCAAACCCCCUGUUCCACUCCUCGCUCAGGCUCAGCCUCGACGCCGCGCUGGCCCUCAUCACGCCCGAGCCCGAGCCCGAGCCCGAGGCCUCAGUGUCUGGCGACAGCAACAGGUUCGCCCGCCUGCUGGCCACGGGCGGCGGCCUGUUCCGCGAGGGCGUCCGCUGCGCCAUCACGGCCAUCAGCCUCGAGCUGCUGGCCCACGUCGACGCCCAGCGCCUGGACGGCACGCUGCACCGCGUCACGCUGCACCGCGACCUGCUGAAGCGCGCCGCGCGCGACCUGCUGGCCCUGUCGGAGCGGCGCAUCCGGCACGGCGAGACCAACGUCAAGGCGCACAUGUUCAUGAGCAUGGUCCUCGCGCAGGUGGGGGCGGUCGAGGCCGGGGGCAGCACUGGCGCCGGCAGCGUCGAGCUGGCCAUCACGCGGGCUGCGAUGGAGAGCCUGCGUGCCUGCCACGAGAUGCUGGGCAGCCGGGCGGACGCCGACGAGAUGGAUGGGUUGCUUGCUUCUGGCGACAUUGGGCUUGAUGCGUAUGGUAUGGACUGGGACUGGGAGGUCCUAUUGCCUAAUGCGAACUUCUUUUAG